AUGAAGAAUUUACCCGUUGGUGCAAAUCUACGACCUGAUAUUUUAACUCUAAUCCUCAAUGCUAAUGCAGCGAAUGAAGAAACUUCAAAGAAUGAAAACAGUAUACGAAUGAGUGAUACUGACAUUAGAGACACAUUAGCAGAAAUUAUUGUUGGUUCUGUUAGCACUUCCACAGAUUCGAGUAAUUACAAAAAACAGCAUUUGUUUAGCGUUGUUUGCGGGUUUCUAAUCCCCACUCUUGAAGCAAAAGUUAUAUCGAAGAUUUUGAAAACUGAUACUCUUAAGCGAUAA